ACUUCCACAAAAAACACCUCCAUUCACCGCGGCCUCUCCUCGGUGCCUCUCCGUGUUUCUGUUCCUGAUUUUUGGCUUCAUCAGUCUCCCAGUCCUCUCUCGGUUGUUUCUUCUCGAGCAGCACCACCAUGAACUCAGCGGUAGGAGGGCCGGUUCUCCUGGCUUUCCUCCCCCUGCUCUGCGGGCUCCUGUCUCUCGGAUCCGGCUUCAACCUGGAGACCGAGAGACCCUCCGUGUUCUCCGGCCCCGAGAGGAGCUACUUCGGCUUCUCCGUGGACUUCUUCCUAAACAGCCCCAAGUCAGAUGUCCUGGUCGGCGCCCCCCGGGCCAAUGCCUCCUCCUCCAGCAGUGGAGUGGAUGAGGGCGGGGCUGUGUACAGCUGUCCCUGGAGCUCCGCCUCCUGCCAGCAGCUGCUGUUUGACAGCACAGCUGACAGGCGGAAUGAAAAAGGAGAUCAGAUGGAGUUUAAAUCCAAACAGUGGUUCGGGGCAUCGGUGAGAUCUGACGGAGAACACAUCCUGGCCUGUGCUCCUCUCUAUCAGUGGUCGACGUUUGGGUAUUCGGAGCGGGAGCCGGUGGGCACGUGUUUCCUGAAGAAGGGAACCACGGUGGUGGAAUACUCGCCCUGCAGAUCCAAUGCUAUCUCUCCUGAAGGCCAGGGCUUCUGUCAGGCCGGCUUCAGCGUCGACUUCCUGAAGAAAAACAAACGAGUAGUGGUGGGAGGACCGGGCAGCUUCUACUGGCAGGGUCAGCUGAUUUCUGACGACGUCUCUGAGAUUUUAAACCGCUUGAGUAAGACUGAAUUUGUCACUCCGUAUGGAAACACUCUCGCCACCAAGUCAGCCAGCGCUCAGUUCGACGACAGUUACCUAGGAUACUCCGUGACUGUGGGAGACUUCAAUGAUGAUGGAAAAGAAGAUUACGUGACCGGAGUCCCUCGAGGAGAAAAGGCGCUGGGUUAUGUGAACAUCUUUAACGGCAUCAACAUGGACUCCAUGGUGAACUUCACAGGGACUCAGAUGGCGGCUUACUUUGGACAUUCUGUGGCUGCCACUGAUGUUAAUAAUGAUGGUCUGGUGGAUCUGUUUGUUGGAGCUCCUCUCUUCAUGGACAGAGGGUCGGAUGGAAAACUGAGGGAGGUGGGACAGGUGUCAGUGUACAUGGGUCGUGGAGGAUUCUCCUUCCAUCCCCCCCAGCUGCUCACAGGGUCAGAGGUUUACGCCCGGUACGGGUCUGCCAUCGCCUCACUGGGAGACCUGGACAUGGACGGAUACAACGAUAUUGCUGUCUCUGCUCCUUAUGGAGGACCUGACCAUCACGGCAUGGUCUACAUCCACAAUGGCCGCCCUCGGGGGCCGGAAUCCUCACCUUCUCAGGUCCUGCAGGGGAAGUGGGCGUCCAGCUACAUGCCUGCCAGCUUUGGGUACUCCAUGACCGGAAACACAGACAUAGAUCAGAACGGUUAUCCAGAUUUAUUAGUGGGAGUGUUUGGAGCAGACAAAGCUGUUUUAUACAGGGCUCGUCCAGUGAUCAGUGUGAAUGCCACGUUAGACAUGACGCCACAGAUCAUCAACCCUGAGGAGAAAUCCUGCACCCUUCCUGGAACCACCACAAAAGUGUCCUGUUUCACAGUGAAGUACUGUGUGAAGGCCAGCGGCCGUCGAGCUCCAGCUACUCUCAAUUUCCGGGUGGACCUCCUGCUGGACCGCCUGAAGCAGAAGGAGGCGACGAAGCGAGUCCUCUUCCUGCACAGCCGGACCUUCCACUUCUCCAAGAACGUGACAGUGUCCAACGGGAAGAGCCCGGCCUGCGAGGAGCAGCCGGUCUUCCUCAGGGACAACCGUGACUUCCGGGAUAAAAUCACGCCGAUCUCUGUGGCGAUGGAGUUCAGUCUGGACUACCAGCAGGCGGCCGACGCCACCGGCCUGCUGCCAAUCCUCGACAUGUCUGCGCCCUCCAAUGUCACCAAGCAGGCUCACAUUCUGCUGGACUGUGGAGAGGACAACAUCUGUAAACCUGACCUGAGGUUGUCAGUCAAGAGCGACCGUGAUCAGAUCUACAUCGGAGACGAUAACGCUCUGACUCUGGAGAUCAGUGCUGAGAAUCAGGGGGAGGGGGCGUACGAAGCUGAGCUGCACGUCUACCCACCCCAGCAGGCUGACUUCACCGGGGUGGUCCGCAGCCAGACCCUGAACCGGCUGUCCUGCGCCUACAAGAAGGAGAACCAGACCAAGAUGGUUGUGUGUGACCUUGGGAACCCCAUGAAGGGAGGAACCACGGUGCUGGCAGAGCUGCGUUUCAGUGUCCACCAGCUGUCGGAGGAGGACACCUCGGUCAAGUUUGACGUGCAGAUGGUCAGCUCCAAUCAGUACGACAACAAGAGUCCUCGAGUCUCUAGCAUCACCCAACUGGCUGUCCUCGCUAAAGUGUCCAUCAGAGGGACUUCCUCUCCUGGUCAGGUUUUGCUGCCGAUCGCUAACUGGAAACCUCGAGAGCCUCCGGUGGUCGGAGACGACAUCGGCCCGCAGAUAGUACACGUCUACGAGCUGCUGAACAGCGGGCCCAGCACCAUCAGCAAGGCGGCGCUGACCGUGGACUGGCCUCAUCAGUACAGGAAUGGAUCGCUGCUCUACAUCACAUCCUUCGACACUGACGGACCCAUCAACUGCACCACAGACAUGGAGAUCAACCCACUCAACGUCUCCUUCCCGCUGUCGGGUGGGAGGAACACCAGCAGCGGGGGGGUCCCUCCCCGAGAGCGAGAGACGGAGGGGAGGAACAGGAACCACGUAAAGAAGAGAGAGCUUGAGACAAGAGACUCACAGAGCGACCUGCAGAACCUGGACUGCAGCAAGGCUCAGUGUUUACGUCUGAGGUGUCAAGUGGGUCGUCUGGAGAGGAGAAAGAACGCCAUCCUCUUCAUCUACUCCAGACUCGCCGUCAACAACUUCCUGCGGACUGAGAAUCAGAAUCGAUCGUACGUGGUUCGAUCCACGGCGUCCUUCAGCGUCAUCGAGAUGCCGUACAAGAACCUGGUGUCGGAGCUGCCGUCCAACAGCACCACCGUGAGUGUGUCUGUGCUGUGGGUGGCGGAAGACCCCGCACCGGUGCCGGGCUGGGUGGUGGCGCUCGCGGUUCUGGCGGGACUUCUGCUGCUGGCGCUGCUCAUCUUCAUCAUGUACAAGCUGGGUUUCUUUAAGCGAGUGCGCCCCCCCAAGGAGGACUGCACUGAGAAGGAGCAGCUGCAGCCGGAGGAGAACGGCAACACGGACGCCUAGAGGUCAAAGGUUGUCUAUUCCGGGUCACAGGGAGAGGGUUUCACUGUAUUCACUGUCCGGGGGCAGAGAACGGUACUGGAGUUGUUUUUUAUUUUACUUUGUAUUAGUAGUACGUGUUGUGUUCGCGCCGAAACAGAGCGCCACCAUUUCAAAGGUAAAGAAAGAUUUUGGGAAUUAGUCGUGCUUUUCAAUUGUAUAGAGUCAGAUGUACAGUUUGAGGCCACUGUCAAUCGUGGCGCUAAAGCUAGCAGCCUGUUAGCUUAGCAUAAAGACUGGAACGGCUAGCCUGGCUCUGUGCAGCUGACCUUAAUAUCUCCAUAGUACACAUGAUGGAUCUGUGGUUAAUCUGAAAACGUUGUAAUUGGAUUUUUGCACGCAUUACACAAUUCAAUUAGAGUGUAAUACGAGCUGGAUUAGUCGGAGGCUAGCUGUUUGUUUUUGUUUACAGUCUUUAUGCUAAGCUAACUAGCUGCAGACAUCUAAGUCGUGGAAAGAGUAGUUCAAGAAAUGUCAAACUGCUCCCUUUGACUGAACUCUCUGAAUGCAUCACGGGUCAAAAAAGUUGUUCAUUUCCAACGUGCAAAACAAACAAGGGUGUAUUCCUUUCUGGAACACCUUCUUUUGCAGCAGUUUGUGGCCUGAUCUUUAACUUGCACAUUUCCUAACCCCGAAAAGACUAAAGUGUUGGCGCUUGUUGCUCAGAAAGUCCAGAACUGCUGAUAAGUCCUUCUUUUGUAUUUCCUGAUCAACAACACUGUUUUGUGAAAUGAUUUGCGCCUGUACUGUGGUUGUUUUUAAAGGACAAUAUGGGAGAUUUAAUUCUGCUCCAACGUUAGCCGUGAAGCUAUCUCUGUUAGCUUCCGUAAAGAGCUGUUCAAUAAAAAGGCUUGAAUAAAACCUAGAAAUUGAAUUCACAGGAUUUAUUUAUUGAAAAUAAUAGCAAAAACAAAAUUGCCAUCAAGUUGUCGGGCAACUCCUUUUCUAAUGCAAUAUUUUUGUGAGUUUAUGGAAAAAGCGCUUUUUAAAAUGAGGAUAGAUUGUUAAAAAUACACAAGUGUUGAUCAACCCGAGGGUUGUGGUCAUAGCCUCUAUCCUCAUGACGUUAUCAUGAGUUUCGAGACAGCAUUGUGGAAUUCGAGGCGUUAGCAAUAAAUGAAAUGGAUAGCGCCUGAUUAGCUGUUUUUGGAUAAAGAUGGUUCCAUGGUCUGAUGUGGAUAAUGAGUGUUUCAUUAAUAUGUUUACCCUGAUAUAUUAUUUUACUUUGUGGGGGGGGCUGGUUGGUGUCAAUACUGCUCUGCUUUGGGAUGCUGGUUUUGUUCUUUUCAGUAUUUUUGAUGUCUUUUCUUAAAACCCUUGCUGAUGAUUGCUAAUGUGAGUCCAUCUCAUUUCAAUAUGGUUUAUUUUACAUGUUUAUGUUUGGGUGGAAAAUAAAUGCAAGUGAUGAGUUUGUAAAUGUUCUGAAGUUGACCGUUGGAGAACCCCGCCCCCUUAAAUGGUGACGUCCAAUCACAGCCAGGCACAUCAGGUCCAUCGGUGUCGCACUCCUCCACAAGUUUUCAACUUCUAUUGUUAGUUUUCGUGGGAGAUCGUAGCAGACAGUUUGAGAGUAAAAGUAAGGUUGUAAGUAGCCUCAAGAAGCUCAAUGUACAAAAAGCCUUUUGGCAUUUUUCUAAAACAAAGUGUGAGAUGAGAUUAAACUGCUCAAACGUAAGCAGCAAUGGACAGCAUGUCCAGCUAGCUACAUCAGUAACCAAGCCUUAAUUUCAAUGAAAGAAUUAGCAUGUCAUGAGCUAACUGCAUUAGCUUGCUGGGUUUAAAACACAACGACUGGCUCCUUCACGCUGUUGUAUUUUCUCUCCCUGGAAGUUGGGAGGCUAUCAAAGUUUAUGUUAAUAUUAGCGGCUCUGUCCUGCUCUACCCGACUCCAGCUAACAUGAACUAGCAGGAGUCAGCAUUAGCAUGAGCUAAAUGUUUAUGAAGGUAAUAAAUCAAGUGAGAAGUAGGAACAUUUUCUCAUAGACUUCUAUUGAAUCUGAAAGUCAUCCCCUGCUGGAAAUUAAAGGUAGUGCAGGAUUCAUUCACUUCUUUGGACCCUUUAAUUAUUCAGAAUUUAGAAGGUGAAUCUGGGACCUUUAUUUGUAGUGUCGUGAACAAGAACCGAAACGUCAGGGGGGCGGGGCUUAACAACCGGUCAGUCAGCCUUCCUGCACUGGGGUCUCCUUGGUACUUCGUGCCUGUCUGUUAUUUUUUUAAUAGUGUUAUUUGUCUUCACAUUUCAGAGAUGUGUCUGGCAGCUUUUUCUGAGAAUGGAAAUGCAAAAAUCAAGUUGCCUGCAUUUUAUUAUGUGUGUGAAUGUAUGAAAAACAAUGAAAUUGGCUUUGAAUUUACCCAUAUUGGGUUCGCAUCAUGAUGACUAAUGAUAUUGAUAUGAUUAAGAAGUGUAUUAAUGCAGUUAACAAUCACCAUGAAAUAACUCCCCAGGAACACUGUUUUUAAAUCUGGUGUUUUAUUCACUGCUUCGUGUCACUCAUUCUUCAUUUCACCCGUAGAGGUUAAACAUGCACUAAGUCUACUGCCUUACCGAUAGGUCUCAGUUCCUCUAAGUGUUUUCUCCGGGAUGGAGGUCACUCAAGCUUUUCAUCAUCAGAGUUCAUCACGACUGAAGUCACUGUCAACUCAGUCGGUCCAAAACAUUCUCAAAAGCUGCAAAUUACUGAAAUACCUGUGGUCAGCGCGAGCAUGGUUUCAGAGUGUGAAUAGACACUAAAGUAAGGCCUAUACACACCGAAGAGACGACAUGUGAAACACUCACCUGUUGAAAUUUCCAAAUAUGAACAGAUGAGCUGUGCAAAUGUGACAUGUGCAACACGUGUUCAAGAGAGAGCAGCGGGAGUCCUAAAACACUGACAGGAGGUCAGUGGUUUUGUGAAUGUGCUUCUGGUUGUUAUCCUGAAAUAAGGUCUGUGGUUAACAGAUGAAGGUUGCUGACAAGUGUCUAAAUGAGACGACUAAACCUCAUCACGACAACCCGGAUUAAUAUGCAGUGUAUAUUUCAAGGGCUUUUACUCUGAAAGGUAUGAAGGGAGGGGUGGAUGUGGUGAAAGCUGCCUUUGUCAGGGAUAAAACGAUUUGAGUUGGAAAUCUCAGUGAAAAACAACGUGGUCCGAGUUAUCUUCAUGUCCUGUUAGAAAUGUUUCCCAGCAUUAAAGAGUUUUAAAGAAAUAUAUCGAUGUGACUUCAAAUAAAAGCCCUCAGUCUGUAAAGUUCUUUUACAGGAAAGAGUUAAAAGUCUAAAUAAAAAAGCAGUAACCAUGAAAGGUUUGUUUUAUAUCUAACACCACCGGUCUUUAUUUCUGCCUGGAGAAUAUAAGGAGUAUGUUCUAUGUAUGUAUUCGUUCACCUUCGAAAUGACUUGCUCAUAAGAAAAUGAUCUCACCUUUAAACUGAAAUAAACUGAUUUGUUCACUUUUA